ACGAAAAUAGCCCUCUUCGUCUAGAGCGCAGACGUAUCGCGAUAAGGCAUCUCCGGGUGACUGCUAGCCAGUGCAAGAACGUCCGAGCUCGCGUGUGACAGAGCUGUCGUCGUCUGCUAGAUCGGAGCAGCCGUCGUCCAGGAAAGGACACACUCGUCGAAAUGCCGAACAUAAUAAAUGACAUAAAGCUGGACUUUAAGGACGUGCUGCUACGCCCAAAGCGUAGCACGCUGAAGAGCAGAUCUGACGUAGAUCUAUUUAGAGAAAUUACAUUUCGCAAUUCGAAGCAAACUUACAAAGGAAUCCCUGUAAUGGCCUCUAAUAUGGAUAUAGUGGGAACAUUUGGGAUGGCGAAAGCGUUAUCAAAGCAUGGCCUUUUUACUACGAUUCAUAAAUAUUACACCGCAGAUGAAUGGAAAAAUUUCGCUACCCUUAAUCCCGAGUGCGUAAAGAACGUAGCGGCCAGCUCAGGAACUGGAAACGAAGAUUACGAACGGCUCUCGAGUAUUUUGGAUGUUGUGCCCGAAUUGUCGUUCAUAUGUUUAGACGUUGCGAACGGUUAUUCCCAACAUUUUGUCGAGCACGUGAGAAAAGUAAGAGCACGAUACCCGAACCACACCAUAAUUGCAGGAAAUGUUGUGACAGGAGAAAUGGUGGAGGAACUGAUACUUUCCGGGGCAGAUAUAAUUAAAGUGGGAAUCGGGCCUGGUUCCGUGUGCACAACGCGAAUGAAAACUGGUGUGGGCUAUCCCCAAUUAAGCGCCGUAAUUGAAUGCGCGGAUGCGGCACACGGCUUAAAGGGACACAUUAUUGCUGAUGGUGGUUGCACUUGCCCAGGUGAUUUGGCGAAAGCGUUUGGCGCCGGCGCGGAUUUCGUCAUGGCAGGCGGUAUGUUUGCGGGCCACGAUGAAUGCGAAGGGGAAAUUAUCGAAAAGGAUGGGAAGAAGUUCAAACUCUUUUACGGAAUGGCCUCCAGCACGGCUAUGAAGAAGCAUGCUGGUGGAGUCGCCGACUACAGAUCUUCAGAGGGAAAGACUGUCGAAGUGCCUUAUAGAGGUUUGGUCGAAAACACUGUACUGGAUAUACUGGGCGGCUUGAGAUCUGCUUGUACUUACACGGGAGCUGAACGUUUGCGCGAACUGCCGCGGCGGGCGACAUUUAUACGUUGCACGCAGCAAUUAAAUCCUAUGUAUGGCCCGCCGCCAGAAAUGUAAAGCGUUGUAAUUACAUAAGUGUUAAAUUAUACUUCUUAGUAAAGGCUUAGGAGAAAAAUGUUUAACAGCAAUACUUGUUGAUCGCGUAUUAUUUGCUGGCGAAUAAUAUUUAUAUAUGGGUGGAAAUAUUAUGUGUACAUAUAUACACGUGAUCUUGCUAAAGUAUUUACUAUCUAUGUGAUAACAUUCAAGUAUUACGAAUUAUUGCUGAGUACGCUCAAACGGAAGAAUGUUACACAACAGUCCUCUAUAUGCACAAAUAAAAUAAUUUCGUUAUAUCAAACCUCGUUUUACAUUAGAAAACGUCAUUACGCUAAUUUAUAUGACACGUUGAGAGAUAUAAUCGAGAUCUUUCAAUUUGGUUCUAAUUAUUCUCCGCAUUUAAACAAUAAACAAUAAUAUUACCGUA